UCUUUUGAUAUAUAUAUAUAUAUUUAUUUUUUUCCCCCUCUCCCUUUUCCUUUCGGCUUAAAGAAGAAGCGGGGCGUGAAGGAAGGGAGAGGAUCAUGCUGAAACUCCUCUCUCCCUCUCUCCGCUGAUACGUUUCGCGUGCAAUGUCCUGCUCUCUCCCCCCCCCUCCGCUCCCCCCCUUUUAAACUCUCAGAUGCUAUUAUGAAGCAUGAGAGGAGGCGGGUGAUGAAAAUAUAGGGGGAAUCGGCGCAACGCUGCGGAUUACUUUUCUCCAUUCUGUAAAGGGAGAGAGAGAGAGAGAGAAGGGGGGGUGGGAAGGCUAAAGGAGGUGGGUUUUUUUUUAAAGGAAGUACCGAGCGCCCGUUUACGGAGGGGGCGGGAAAAGAAAAAGAGAAGGAGAAGAGAGAAGGGGAAAAGGACCCACUAAAAACUACUGGAUCAAUGAGAGAAGACUCUGAAGAAUCCCCUGCUGACUUGAGGAAGAAAAGAGAGAGGGAGAGAGACAACACACAUACAGAUUACUGAGGAACUUAAGAAGAAAAAGUCCUGCCAGAAGGGACUCCCGGAACCAUGAGCAGCGCAGCAUUGCUGACUCACCUCCCAGACCCCAGCAGCAGCUUCAGAGAAGAUGCCCCACGCCCCCCUGUACCAGGGGAAGAAGGAGAGACACCAUGCCACCUGGCUGCCACUUUGUUUGCCAUGAAAAACCAAAGCUUCAAGGCCAUGUCAGUUUCUUCCACGCCAAGGAGAAAUGAAGAUGGCCUUGGGGAGCCAGAAGGCAGCGCAUUCCCAGACUCUCCUCUAGCACGAUGGACCAAAUCCUUGCAUUCCUUACUGGGGGAUCAAGAUGGUGCCUAUCUCUUCCGGACCUUCCUGGAAAGAGAAAAAUGUGUGGAUACUUUGGACUUCUGGUUUGCCUGCAAUGGCUUCAGGCAGAUGGACCUUAAGGAUACCAAAACUUUACGAGUAGCCAAAGCUAUAUACAAACGGUACAUUGAGAACAACAGCAUUGUCUCCAAACAGCUCAAGCCUGCCACUAAGACCUACAUAAGGGAUAAUAUCAAGAAGCAGCAGAUCGAUUCUAUAAUGUUUGAUCAGGCACAGACUGAGAUUCAGACAGUGAUGGAGGAAAAUGCUUACCAGAUGUUUUUAACUUCUGAUAUAUACCUCGAAUAUGUAAGGAGUGGGGGAGAAAAUCCUGGUUACAUUAACAGCAAUGGACUUGGGAGCUUAAAAGUUGACUGUGGCUAUCUCCCUACCUUGAAUGAAGAAGAGGAGUGGAGCUGUGCAGACUUUAAGAACAAACUUUUGCCAUCCGUGCUAGGGCUAUCCAGUAAGGCAUUGAGGGCUACAGCAAGUGUCCGGGCUACAGAAACUGUGGAGAAUGGGUUCAGGUCCUUUAAGAGGAACGAUCCUGUUAACCCUUACCAUGUGAACUCUGGCUAUGUCUUUGCUCCUGCCACCAGUGCAAAUGAUAGCGAAAUAUCUAGUGAUGCUCUGACUGAUGACUCCAUGUCUAUGACGGACAGUAGCGUUGAUGGGAUCCCUCCAUACAGACUCGGGAGCAAAAAGCAACUCCAGCGGGAAAUACAUCGGAGCGUCAAGGCCAACGGUCAAGUUUCUCUACCUCACUUUCCACGAACCCACCGCCUUCCUAAGGAAAUGACCCCCGUGGAACCGGCCACCUUUGCAGCCGAGCUCAUCUCUCGGCUGGAGAAGCUCAAGCGGGAGCAAGAGACCAUGGACUGCUUGGAAGAGAGGCUGCAGCAAAUCACAGAGGAUGAAGAGAAGGAGGGAUCCGACGCACCUGCGGGUGCACAGCCUGGCCGAGAGGUUGGGGCCAAUCAGCACCCGCCACACCCCCUUGCCCUCCUGCCCUCCGGCAGCUACGAGGACGACCCUCAGGCAAUCCUAGACGACCACCUCUCCCGAGUGCUGAAGACCCCGGGGUGCCAGUCUCCUGGCAUGGGCCGGCACAGCCCUCGUGCACGCUCUCCAGACUGCCUCCCUGGGGGCAAGUUGCUCCUUGCGCCGGGCACAGCCUCGAUCCCCACAGCCUGCGCCCUCAUCGGCAAAGGAUUUAUCACGAAGCAGACCACCAACCACGUUCACCACCACUACAUCCACCACCACACCAUUCCCAAGACGAAAGAGCAGAUAGAAGCGGAAGCUGCCCAGCGAGUCCAGUGUUUAUGUGCCGCUGGGGGCAGUGACUAUUAUUGUUACUCCAAGUGCAAGGGGCACUCCAAGGGGGCGGACCUCCCUAUGGCUCAGCUAGAGCCGUUUGGCCUCAGCCGAACCGGGACACUACCCAAAAGGAACUGUAAGCUACCAGAUGGCAUCAUUCUGCCAGGCGGGGAAGGAGGAGGGCUCUCCAUACUACCAGGAAUCCAGCUACCUGGAGGGGAGGCGGACCGCUCUCAGAAUGUCUGGCAGUGGAUGCUGGAGAGUGAAAGACAAUCUAAGCACAAACCCCAUAGCACACAAAGCACAAAGAAGGCCUACAAUUCGGAGUCCACCAGAGGCGUGCCUGGCGAGCGCCCGGCCCGUCACCACCUCUGGGGGAGCAGCAGCCACCCGCGUGGUGCACAGCCCGCCCACCCUUUCGUCCAGGAUCCCGCCAUGCCCCCGCUGACGCCGCCUAACACUCUGGCCCAGCUGGAGGAAGCUUGCCGCAGGCUAGCGGAAGUGUCCAAGCCACAGAAACAACGAUGUUCAGCUUCGAGUCAGCCCAGGGAUCGCAACCACUUGACUUCUGUACCAGGAGGAAACAGUCCUUUCUGCAAUGCAAGCGUAGCGGCAGAAGAUCACAAAGAACCAAAGAAACUCCCUGUUGCUCACUCUUCCCAACCUAGUGAAUUGGUUGUCACUUAUUUUUUCUGUGGAGAGGAAAUUCCCUAUAGGAGGAUGUUAAAGGCCCAGAGCCUGACACUUGGGCACUUUAAAGAGCAGCUGAGCAAGAAGGGAAAUUAUAGGUAUUACUUCAAGAAGGCAAGCAAAGAGUUUGACUGCGGUGCAGUUUUUGAAGAAAUCUGGGACGACGACACUGUUCUGCCAAUGUACGAAGGAAGAGUCCUUGGGAAAGUGGAGAGGAUUGACUGAUAGAUUGACUGGCUGGCAUUGUCUGUGUGAGUGUAUUUUAAGGAGACAUAAGCUAAAAGACGCUGGCUUUUGGACAAAACCACCAAACAAAGCUUUUGAAGGAAGGUUGGAACCAAUGAAGAAAAAGCAACACAGACAAACUAAGGUCUAUGAAGACUUUGCCAAAUCAGCCUUACAUUAUUAUUUUUUUAAAAAGGUGUCUGUUGAGCUGGGUGCAAGGAUGUUAACAACCCCGAACUAUUUAUUGAAAACAUGACCACUCUGGGUUAUUGAAGAUGCAGACCAUGUUUUGAAAGACUUCCAUAUAUAAUAUAUGGCUUCCUGGGGAUCCCAAACCUUAUGGACUAAGAGAAACUGUGUAUAGCUUACCUUACAGUAAUCCUUAUUGAUAUUUAUUGAACAGUCUGGUUUUUUCCCUUAAGUCCAGUUUAUGGACAUGCUGCUUUAAACAAUGGAGAGAAGAGAAGAUGUGAUAUGGAAAAAAGGGGUGGUUUUAUAUUUUAUUAUUUACUUUGUUUCCACUAUCUAAAUCAUUAGAAUUUUGUCUUUUAUUAAGAAGAAAAGAAAAGUGAAUUCAUUUCUGCCACCUUAGAAAACAAGCUGGAAUCAUGUUCUGUCCAGCAUUAUUCCUCCAGCUGUUUUUCUCUUGGAGGAAAAGGGGAGGAAGAGGGAAUAUUGUCGUACACAUUUGCUCUUCUAAAAAUUGGUAGAUUUUGAAUCAAUGCUGCUCUGUUUGUUAGGUCUGGUUCAGAUGUAUAAUACUCACUUGGUUGCCUAUCAGUGGUUAGGAGAUCAGGAUAACCCCAUAGACUGUUACAUUCUUCGUCCUGCUCCCUUUCCCCAUGAAUCCUCUUUUGGGUAUAACCACAGUAAAGGUAAAAGUUAAAGGACCCCUCAAUGGUGAAGUCCAGUCAAAGACAACUAUGGGGUGUGGCGCUCAUCUGCAGACAGCUUUCUGAGUCAUGUGGCCAGCAUGACUAAACCGCUUCUGGUCCAGCGAAACACUGAUGGAAGCCAGAGCACACGGAAACGCCGUUUUACCUUCCCGCCACAGUGGUACCUAUUUAUAUACUUGCGCUGGUAUGCUUUCGAACUUCUAGGUUGGCAGAAGCUGGGACAAAGCAACGGGAGCUCACCCUGUCAUGGGGAUUUGAACCUCCAACCUUCCGAUCGGCAAGCCCAAGAGGCUCAGUGGUUUAGACCACAGCGCCACCCACGUAACCACAGUGCAGGGUUCUAUCUGCCCUGAUGGUAAUGCUAGCUGUUAUUAUUUUUAGAAGAGUUUGCUCAAGCCUGCUUCCAAUCAUGGUUGUGAAGUUUGGUUUGAAGCUCACCAUGGCUACCGUUAAUGAUGGUCCAAAGGAAUGCUGCACCUUGGUGAGCUUGGGGAAAAUUCACUGCAGGAGAGGACAAAGAAUGAAUACACAAGCCCAUAGGUGUUCCUGAUCCCAACCAUGGGCAGAUUGAGAAUGUUGGCUCUGCACCAGACCUAGCAGUGUUCUCAUGGGAUAAAUAUAACAGCUACAGGGGGUAAUAACAAUAUAUGGGUCUUAUCAGUCAGUUUCUGUGGUAAGUAUAUACAGUUGUCUGUAUUUUUGUAGCAUUGCAGUAUGCAAUGCAUUGCAUUGCUUCCAGUGUCUUCAGCAAAGCAUCCUAUAGCAAGUCCCCAAGUACAGAAUUAUGAAGUUAAUGCAGACCCAAAUGGUUCAUAUAGUCCAGUUUUAUGAAAAGCGGUACAUGAAACCAUCCAGUUCACAUAAACACAACUUUAGCCAGAUCACACACACAACUUUGGUCUCCAGCUGUUUUUGGACUAUAGUUCCCAUCAUCCCUGACCACAGCUCCUGCUAGGGGUGAUGGGAGUUGUAUUCCAAAAACAGCUGGAGGCCUAAGUUUGGGAAACCCUGAAUAGAAUGUUUUUCAACGAAAUCAGUGAUGCUUUUUUAUUUAUUUAUUUGAAGAAAUGUAGUCACAUUUUCGGUAGUGGUACUUUUCUGUAUGGUAAACUGUAUUUAAUAGGCGAAACCAUCAAAAUGUAUGGUGCCCCAUCCCAUUCCAUUAUAGCAAAUGGAAGCUAGUGCCCUGUUCAAUCCUGCGUAGCUUGCUUCCAACUUUCUAGAUGAUGAAAUUACGGCUCCCCAUAAUAAAAGAUUCCACUGAGCUAUAUAAGGGCAACAGAGUCUCUCGCUUUGGGUGUGUCGUUGUUCAAACUAUCAAAUACAUCCUCUAAUUGGAUUGUGUGUAUUGUGGCAAAAAAAGUUUUUU